GUUUGCAGUUAGUCGGUUAAAUCGUUGUGUGUUUAUAAGACCGGGUGAAAAUUAUAAGACAUGGCUCCGAACAUAUCAGAGGAAGUUGGUUUAGAAACGUCGGAGGCGAACCUAGAGAAACUGGUGGCACCACAAGCUGGACCCAGGAAAUAUGAGCUAAUAUAUUCUGUGACAAUGUCGCUGAUUUAUGUUCAUUCCGCUUCAGCAUACGCUUUAUACUUGGGGUGGACAAGAGCGUAUUGGUCGACUAUAUUAUUCACAUACGUUUUAUAUGUAUUGGCACAAAUCGGCGUAUGCGCAGGCGCUCAUAGACUGUGGUCCCACAGAUCAUUCAAAGCAACAACGCCGCUGCAGAUCCUUCUUAUGGUCAUGCAUUCGUUGUCCUACCAGUACACAGCUUAUAACUGGGCAAGGGACCACCGCUUGCAUCACAGGUAUGCUGACACAGAUGCAGAUCCACACAACUCCACUCGUGGUUUCUUCUAUUGUCACGUUGGAUGGCUGAUCGUCAAGAAGCACCCAGAGGUCGCACGACGAGGCAAAUUCGUUGACUUCAGCGAUCUUAACAGUAACGCUGUGCUACAGUUUCAAAAGAGAUACGCCAUUCCAUUUAUCGGAUUCGUGGGCUUCGUUCUCCCGACAAUAAUCCCGGUUUACUUCUGGGGCGAGAGCUUCAACGUCGCCUGGCACUUUUGCUUCCUCCGCUACGCCUGCAACCUCCACGCGACAUUCACUAUCAACAGCCUUGCCCAUCUUUGGGGCUACAAGCCAUACGAUAAGAACAUCCAACCGACCCAAAACGAGAUUGUCAGCGUCGUAGCACUGGGCGAGGGCUUCCACAACUACCACCACACGUACCCGUGGGAUUACAGAGCUGCCGAACUGGGGAACAAUGUACUUAAUUGGACAACGUUGUUUAUAGAUUUAUUUGCGAAGAUCGGAUGGGCGUAUGACCUGAAGACGGUGCCGAAGGAAGUGGUGAUGAAGCGGGCGGAUAGGACUGGGGAUGGGACGGAUUUGUGGGGCUCCAAGAGAUUAAGCAAGACUGAGUCGUAGACGAUUAUAUUUAUUUAUUCACAAAUAUACACUAUCCUUAGUACUAAGCGAAUACGAUAAUGUCGAAACUAUAUAUAUAAUUAUAAAUGCGAACAGACAAAGAUGUCGAUACUCGGAGAAAGCAUUCAGUAGGCAACGUCUUUAACGGGGAUCUUUCGCACUGUACAAAGAAACCCAGUUCUUGAAGAACACAUGGGUUGUUUUGUCUUUUGUUAACAUAGCUUUUACACAUUGAAAGAAAACACUUUUGAACCGGAUUCAAGCUAUGUAUUAUUAUAAACUUUUACUUCUUUUACAUAAUUUU